AUGGCCAGUGCUUAUUCAGACCACGGCACUUCCGAUGAACGUAAUCUAACGACAAUUGUGAUCCUGUCCCGCGGAAGAUGCGGUCUUUCUAGAUGUAUUACUCGAUACUUGGUGGGGAUGGCAGUGACGGAUCUCCUGGUUCUUAUCAUAGCGGUUAUAUUAAACCGGAUGAGUGUCAUUUACCUCCCGGUAUUUUUCCACUCCAUCACACCUGUGUGUAGCCUAAAAAUAGCUCUGAUAUACGCCGCUAGAGAUAGCUCAGUUUGGUUAACGGUCGCUUUCACCUUUGAUCGCUUUGUAGCGAUUUGCUGCCAGAACUGGAAAACAAAACAUCGCACGGAGAGAAUGGCACGUAUGGUUAUCGCAGCCGUCUGUGCUGUGAGCUGUGUGAAAAACAUACCAUGGUACUUUGUUUAUGAACCUUUAUAUAUAAUUGACGGUGACCCGUGGUUCUGCAACAUUAAAUCAAGUUUUUAUUCGGAACUAUUCUGGGCAGCUUUUGAUUGGAUUGACCGCAUUUUAAACCCCUGUGCCCCAUUCCUCGUGAUGUUGUUACUCAAUGCAUUGACUGUCAGAAACAUUCUCGUGGCGAACAGAGCCCGCCGGAGACUCCGGGUCCAGAAUACUGGAGACAGGCAAAACGAUCCGGAGAUGGAGAGCCGAAGAAAGUCAAUCGUUUUACUCUUCACCAUCUCUGGAAGUUUUUUGGUAUUAUGGACACUGUAUGUCGUACAUUUCUUUCACGUGAGAUUUACAAUCAAUAGUUAUUCGACAGACUCGAAUCUCAACGACCCCUGGUUUAUUCUUCAAGAAACAGGAAAUAUGUCGCAGCUUCUGAGCUGCUGCACAAACACUUGUAUUUACGCGGGUACUCAAACGAAAUUCAGAGAGGAAUUCAUAAAUGGUUUGAAAUAUCCGUUGAUUCGAAUUAGGAAACAGCUGAGAUCACGAUCAUAG